UCUUUUCGCCAUUCAGUCCCGCGAGAAUCGUCGUUCGGAGCAGAAGUGCGCCACGCCACGCCACAAAGCUACUGCGGAACAGAGCGAGAUAAAGAUUGAAAGCUUCGAACACACGCCAAACCGGAGCGAUAAUGGGUUGGUGGAGCAAGAAAACCGAGACGGAUCGCAGCCAGCCCAGCCAGAGCCAGGCGCUGGUGGUGCAGGACCCGCGCACGCGCGUCAAGACCACCAGUGCGGCCACGGCGACGACUAACACGGCCGUGCAGAACUCAACGAUCACGAACAGCAACACGCAGACGAUCACCUUCCAGUCCACCCGGCAAACGGUGACGCACUCGCAAGUGGCGAAUGUCACGGAGAAGGUAACGCGUCGCACGCCCAGCCAGGCGGAGCUGGAGCUGCUCCUCGCCCAGAUGCGGAUGGGUGGCGACGGAGCCAGCGGCACAGCCACUACUACCACGACCACCACCUCCUCCCGUUCCCGGCCGCCCAGCCUAAAUGGGGUCUCCUUUCGCUCCACACAGCCCUUCAAGGCCACGGCCAGCAAUGGCGGCAAGCGGUCCAGCACGAUAGUUAAGAUCGAGCAGACCACCGUGACCAAGAAGAACGGCAACACGGUCACCCAGCAUGUGGAGACGCAGCGAGUGAAACUGAAGGGCAGUAAGCCCACCUGGGCGCCGUUCUCCUCCACGGCCAAAAGCUCCAGCUCCACCUACGUCUCUCCCUACGCCAAGAAGCCGAGCCUGGCCCUUACCUACACAUCUCCGUAUGCGAAGGCUCCAACAGGAGCCACCAGCUCCGUUACAAGUCUGCCCAGUACUCCCAAGCCAACGCCAUCCAGCAAUGCGUUCACGAGCAUCUUUAAGUCAACCCCCAAGCCAGCUGACACGGUGCUGACCUCCACUGCCGUGCCCAAACCCUACAUCAGUCUAGCCGCAUCGGCAACCAAGCCCAAGGUCACGACCACAGCACGCAGCUUCGACGCCCAGGGCACCAAUCUACUCAGCCUGGGAAGUUCAAAGUCCAGCCUAAGCAAGAAAAAACUGCAGCCCGCCAGGGUGUAUAUCUUUAAUCACGAACGGUUCGACAGCAAGAAUGAGUUCCGUACGGGCAGUGCCCAGGACGUGAAGGUCCUGCGCGCCUCCUUUGAGCAGCUCAAGUGCAAGGUGGAGGUGAUCAAGGACGCCACUUUGGCCACCGUCAAGCGAACGGUGCAAAUGCUGGAGGCCAAGGACUUUGAGGAGAAGAGCGCUCUGGUCCUGGUGAUCCUCACCCAUGGAACACGCAACGACAGACUCGCGGCGAAGGACGAUGACUACUCCCUGGACUACGACGUGCUCUUUCCCAUCCUGCGCAACCGAACGCUGAAGGACAAGCCCAAGCUGCUAUUCGUCCAGGCCUGCAAGGGCGCCAACGAGCUGGGCGGCUUCAUGACGGACGCCGCCCAGCCCAAUGGGUCACCCAACGAGAUCCUCAAGUGCUACAGCACCUACGAGGGAUAUGUCUCCUACCGCACCGAGGACGGCACUCCGUUUAUCCAGACCCUGUGUGAGGCUCUCAACCAAAAGGGCAAGACCUCGGACAUCGACACCAUAAUGACGGACGUGCGACGCGUGGUCAAAGCGCAAACCAAAGACGGCCAAAUCCCAUCUGUUACCAGCACACUUACCUAUAAGUACGUUUUUGGAGAUUACAUGUGAUCCGUAAAAGUAUUUCUUACCACAACUCUUCCUUUAUCUUAAACAUGGACAUUUAAGGAAACAAAGAAUAUUAUGAUUUUAAUUACUUCCGGGGGGCGCUAAUGAUUGUUGUGAUUCACUAACAAUAAAAUGCAUAGUUCUAUUAGAA